AUGGUUGCGUGGGAGGAGUACAGCUAGCUCACGUGCUACUUUCUUGUCAGCACUCAGCACUAAAAAAAGUAAAAAAAAACAGUAUAUAUCUUUUCCAGGCAAGGUCAUGUCAUCUGUCACUUUAAAUACUGGUGCUAGCAUUCCGGCAUUUGGACUGGGUACAUGGCAGUCACCUAAAGGAGCAGUGGGGAAAGCAGUAGAGAUAGCCAUAAGAGCUGGCUAUCGUCACAUUGAUUGUGCUCACCUCUAUGAGAACGAAGACGAGGUUGGUGAGGUUCUUCAGAAGCUCUUUAAGGAAGGAGUUGUAAAGAGGGAAGAUCUCUAUAUUACGUCUAAACUUUCGUGUUUUCUCAUGUCAAACAAAGAGGAUGUGACAGAGUCUUUGACAGAUACUCUCACUAAGCUACAGUUGGACUAUCUUGAUUUAUAUUUGAUCCAUUGUCCAUUUGCUGCCAAGAAGGGAACACCCUUUAUGAAACUUCAAGAGGGCAUCAUUGGUUAUUUUCCUGAUAUGAUUGCUAGUGUGUGGGAGACCAUGGAAGGGUUUGUUGCAAAAGGAUUAACAAAGGCUAUUGGCAUUUCAAACUUUUCAAUUACCAAAACAGAGAAUUUGUUGAAGACAGCAAAAAUUGUACCAGCAGUAAAUCAGGUGGAGUGUCAUGCUUACCUACAGCAGACUAAACUUCAGCAAUACUGCAAGUCCAAAGGGAUUGCUUUUGAGGCAUAUUCCCCUCUUGGUUCUCCUGCUCGGUUUAAUGUUCAACCUGGGGAUCCUGUUGUCAUGGAGGAUCCAGCUGUCAAAGAGAUUGCAUCAAAGCAUGGAGCAUCACCUGCUCAAGUGUGCAUAGCCUUUUUGCUUCAAUCGGGUUUGGUUGUUAUACCAAAGUCAGUGACUGAGUCACGUAUUAUUGAGAACCUUAAAGCCACAGAACUAGUGCUGACUGAUGAGGAAAUGAAGAGUCUGAGAGCUAUUGACAAGAACUGCCGUCUCCUAAGCUUCCAAUGGUUUGCACCAGAUAAGACCGUGGAUCAGAUUUGGGACGCAUCAGAAGAUGAAGCUUUUGUUUUGCAAUAACUUAGUCAAUAAACAUUUUAGUAGAUGUAGACUCAUGCAGUAGUAGAUCUAGUCUAGCUAGCUAUAUUUUUUUCUGAAUUCCAAAUCAGCCCCUCCCAUUAAA